ACACGCCAUGGCUGCGAAAGAAAAUCCCUGCCGGAAAUUUCAGGCGAACAUUUUUAAUAAAAGCAAGUGUCAGAAUUGCUUCAAGCCUCGGGAGUCGCACCUGCUGAACGAUGAAGAUUUGAACCAGGCCAAGCCUAUUUAUGGUGGAUGGCUUUUACUAGCUCCAGAGGGCACGGAUUUCGACAACCCUGUGCAUCGCUCCCGGAAAUGGCAACGCCGCUUCUUCAUCCUUUACGAACAUGGUCUUCUCCGCUACGCCUUGGACGAGAUGCCUACCACUUUGCCACAGGGAACCAUCAACAUGAACCAGUGUACAGAUGUUGUGGAUGGAGAGAAUCGAACUGGGCAGAAGUUCUCGCUGUGUAUCCUGACACCCGAGAAGGAGCACUUCAUCCGAGCUGAGAACAAGGAAAUCAUAAGUGGGUGGUUGGAGAUGUUGGUAGUCUACCCAAGGACGAACAAGCAGAAUCAAAAGAAGAAAAGGAAAGUGGAGCCCCCAACGCCACAGGAGCCUGGUCCAGCGAAGAUGGCCGUGACCAGUAGCAGCAUCCCCGGUGCUGAGAAGAUCCCCACCACCAAGUCCACCCUUUGGCAAGAAGAACUGAGAAGCAAAGACCAGUUGGAUGGGAACGUGGGCAUCGGCUCGGCCCCUGGCGCUCUGCCAGGGCAGGCACCCCCAACGUGUUCCCUGAAGGACUCAGUCCUGGCGAGCAAAGAAGAGGAGGCUGCCAUGAACGGAGACCGCAAUGACUGCGGGCGGAAGACGCGGGUAGAAAGCGGCUACUUUUCCUUGGAGAAGACCAAGCAGGAGGUCAAGGCAGAGGAGCACCAGAUGCCGAACCUGCCGUCCCCCCCGAGCCCCUGCACGCCCAACCACAGGUACGGUGACCCCAAAUCUCAGCAGCCGAGCGAUUCCUUUCCUUCUUCAGGUACCUGGCCGGCCGGCCGAAUGGUGCACAGUUUCUCUCUCAAUUCCCUGGACGUCCGAGGCCUUCGGCUCUCCAAGCACAAGGACUCCGCCGGCCGCAACGGGGUGAGGACGGAGGAGAGACGCAAUGGGCCCUUUGCCUUUAAAGUCAGCCGCAAAUACUCUACCCUGGCCGAUGUGCCCAAGGCGAUUCGCAUCAGUAACCGCGAUGCUUUUCAAGUUGAGCGGAAACGGCUCGAGCGGAGUUCCCGGGCGAGGAGUCCCGGACGAGAAGAGGUAGCCCGGCUGUUCGGGAAUGAGAGGAGGAGGUCCCAAGUAAUUGAAAAAUUUGAAGCAUUGGAUAUUGAGAAUCCGGAACACAUGGAAAUCAAUGCUUCUUCCGGUCUCUCCAGCGAAACCCGGCAGGGCAGGAGCGAAAAAAGGGUUUUCCCUAGGAAACGGGAUUUGCUUGCUGAAACAGCAAGUGGGACCAUCCUGGAUGUGUCAACUUCUACUAUGUCUCCACAUCGGAGAGCGAAAUCGCUGGACAGAAGGUCUACAGAAUCCUCCAUGACUCCGGAUUUGCUGAAUUUCAAAAAGGGAUGGCUGACAAAACAGGAUGAAGAUGGGCAAUGGAAGAAGCACUGGUUUGUGCUGACGGAUCAGAGCCUGAGAUACUACCGGGAUUCAGUGGCAGAGGAGGCAGCCGAUUUGGAUGGGGAAAUUGACUUGUCAACGUGUUUUGAUGUCACGGAAUACUCCGUCCAGCGAAACUAUGGUUUCCAGAUCCAUACUAAAGAAGGCAAAUUCAUUCUUUCUGCUAUGACAUCUGGAAUCCGUCGGAACUGGAUCCAAACCAUUAUGAAACAUGUUCGUCCCACAGUCGCUCCAGAUGUGACCAGCUCUCUGCCUGAAGAGAAGAGCAAAAAUGGCACCUCCUUUGAGACUUGUCCCAAGCCAAGUGAGAAGCAGGAGACGGAGCAGGCCGAGAUUGACCCCGAAUACAAGCGCAGUCGAGCCAGGGAACGCCGAAGAGAAGGUCGCUCAAAAACCUUUGACUGGGCUGAGUUCCGCCCCAUCCAGCAAAUCCUGGCUCAGGAGCGAGCCAAUUUGGCAGAGACUUUGAAGGACACCUCCACUCCGUUCCCCAAGGAGCCUGGCCCCUCAGAAACAGAUCCUGGGGAAUUGGAGCGAGAACGUGCCCGCCGAAGAGAGGAAAGAAGGAAGCGCUUUGAACAUCUGGAUGCUACUGAUGGAGGAAGCCCAGAAGACUUCUCCAGGAUGGAGGUGGAUAGGCUUUCGGGGUUGCCUGCCACUUCAGAGGCCAAGCCUCAAAGCGUCCAUGUGGAGAUUGAGCAGAGGUGGCAUCAGGUGGAGACCACUCCUCUGCGGGAGGAGAAGCAGAUCCCCAUUGCCCCGCUACAUCUUCCUCACCCAGAGGAGAAUGGCGAGAUACUCCAUAAGCAGCAUCUGACUGUACUGCUGGAAAAGGAGCUGGAACAGAGUCAAAAGGCAGCUUCAGAGCUUUUGGAACAGAACCGUGCCCUACAAGACCAGCUCAAAGUAGCUUUGGGACGCGAACAGAGCGCUCGAGAAGGUUAUGUCUUGCAGACUGAAGUGGCCUCCUCCUCCUCCUCCUCCUCCUCCUCCUCUUCCUCAGGGGCCUGGGAGAGGCUCCAUAAAGUCAACAAAGAUCUCCAGGGCGAAUUGGAAGCGCAAUGCCAGCGCCAGGAGAUGAUCAAUCAGCAGAUCCAGUCGCUUAAACGUAGCUAUGGGGAAGCCAAGGAUGUCAUCCGACAUCACGAAGCAGAGAUCCAAAGCUUGCAAGCCCGACUCAGCAACGCAGCUGCAGAUCUCUCUAUCAAGGAGCAGACCUUGGCCAAGUUGAAGAGCGACCUGAAGGCCGAGAAGAAGAAAACGGAGGAGCAGAUGGAGGAAUGGCAACACAGCGAAACAACCCUGAAUUCCCAGCUGAAGGCCAGUGAGCAGAAGCUGAAGAAGGCGGAAGCUCUCCUGCUGGAGAAGACCCAAGAGCUGAGAGAUUUAGAGAUGCAACAGGCUUUGCAGAGAGACUACCAGAAAGAAGUCCAACGUCUCCAGGAUCGCAUCACUGAUCUGAGCCUCCAGCUGAGUGCUGGCGAACAAUCCCGAAUGCUGAUGGAAAGGAAGCUCCAGAAGAAUUACGAGUCUUUGCUAGAAAGCUGCGAGAGGGAGAAGCAACUCUUGAUCCAGAGCCUCAAAGAAGCGGAGGAUAAAGCCAGCGAAUACGAGAACCAGCUUCAGAAUAACGAGCAAGAGAAGGAGAUCCUUCUGAAGGAGAAGCUGAGUGCCAAGUUUGAAAGCAGUGAACUAGUCCAUCAACUGGAGGACCAGCUAGAAAUCAAAGAAGCCAGCAUCCGGAAGCUGGUGGAACAUAUCAAGAGUCUUGAGGAGGAAAGGGAUCAAAUUAAAUGCCGGUUCCAAGAGUUGAUGAACCAAGUUGCAGAGUCCGAUAACGAGGUGGCGAAGUUGCAAGCCAAGCUACAGCUGGAGGAGAGCAGCUACCACACUCUGGAGCGUUCCCACGAGGUGGUGUCAGAGCAGUUCCAUAACUUGCAGCAGAUUCUGAAAGAGAAAGAGGAGGAGUUGAGACAAGUAAGAGAAACCCAUUUGAGCUUUGUGGAGAAAAAAGAGCAGGACUUCUGUGAGCCUCUGAUUACCGUGGGUAGCAGUCAAGAAGAAAAAGAAGACCACCUGGCCAAAGAAGAGGAGGAUUUGAAAACAUCAGCUGAAGGAAGUUCUGUGCUGAAGGUUGCAACGAACGCAACUGAGAUUGGCAAGGUUGAAGAUCCAGCACAAUAUUCCCCAAAGCAAGGGAGGCUCCCAGAUCUGGGAUGCAUGCUUAUUGAUGAUAGUCAUGAAGGAGCCAGUAGCAGCCAGAGGCAAACCUGUGGACAUACGGUGGUGAGCAUUGAAGAAUGUUCUUCUCCAUCAAAGUCAGUAGAUAUUCCAGAAAUAGAGAUAGGUCAGAAAGAUUCAACGAAACUUGAUGCGGAAAUACCAGGAGCCAAAAGACAACGGAUACGUUUCUCCAAUAUCCAGUGCCAAAAAUAUAUUCAUCCUGAUGGAUCGGAGAAGAUGUGGGCCAGCAGCACUUCCUCUGACACGAGCCAGGAACGGUCUCUUUCGGAAGAAAGUAUGACUUCUGAACCAGCGUUUUGUUACCCAGCCUCAGGUGACUCUGAGACCUACUUAUCUAUCAUUCACUCCCUGGAAACCAAACUUUACAUCACCGAAGAAAAGCUCAAAGAUGUAACCAUGAAACUCGAAAGUCAGCAGGGCCAAAAUCAAGACGCCCUCAUGGCCCUUCACCACCAGUGGUCCGGCAUUGAAGCUCAGCUUAGAGAACAGCUUCAAGACAGCUUGACUCAGAUUAGAGGGUUGGUGUCUCAGGUAGAAAGCGAGAAGGAAGAAAAACUCAAGCUGAAUGAGAACCACAUCUACGAACUGGGCAAGCUCCACGAUAAGACUAGCCGAGCAUUAGCGUGUCUAAAUCAGCGCAGAGAAGAACUGAAACAACUGGGCACCUCUGGUAAAGAAAAAGAGGGAGAGAUGUUCUUGGACGCGCUGUCCAGCAUUGAAAGUACUUUAAUGGAUGCGAUUCAGAUGUUACAAAAAGCACUUCCUCCAGCUGAACACCAACCAGAAGAGCAUCUUGCAGUCCAAGCUUUGCAGACUAAAGACAUCUGCUGGGAUGAGAACAAUGCUUCUCCCCAAGGGAAGCAACAGCUGGAAUUCUCUGUAGAAGAGCAGCUGAAGUUGCUUUCCAGGAGGGUGGCUUUUGAAGCUUGCUUGAUCAACCAGAUAGCAGAGUCUCUGACAGAUGCCUCUUCAAAGAUCUCAGUGACUCUCGGAGAGAUUCAUGCCACCCUGGAGACAGUCUUAUUGGAGCCUUCCAAUAUCUCACAUACGGCUGUGGCUUUGGCCGACAUCUUGUCUAAGAAGCUGUUGUUGGAAGAUGAGUUUUGGAGACAGGUAGAAGAAUUAAGGAAGCACUUGAGGGUCAGAGAGGAAGGGAAGAUGGAGACCUUGGACUUCCCUCAGUAUCUCAUCCAGUCGGUUACCGACAGUACGCUGGUUAAAGCCGAACUGGGUUUUGUGGCUCAGAAAAUGAGAGAAUCCUUCCAUCAGAGAUUAAAAGCCAUGGAAGAAGACCUCCACAACGCCAAAACAGCCCUCCAGCAGCAUAAGUGCAUGUUGGAAGAAAUCAUUAAAGCCUACAAAUCUCCUGAAUUUGAUGGGAUCAUGUACCAGAUCUCCAAAGCUCUUGAGAUCCAAGAAGGCAUUUCAGAAGCUGCCCGACCGACUUGGCACGUCAGCCUUCAGGACCGCAUUUUGGAAGCUCAGAGCAUACAGGAUCUCAGCAGUCAAGCUCUGGCUGCUAUCCAGGAUGAUCUGGCUCAGCAGCUCAAAGACAAAGCCAAUGUUCUGAAAGACAUUGCGGCUGCCCUCCUGUCCGUGUCCCCUGAUAACGCCUUGAAAGAUUGUCACAAGCUCCUCAAGAUCUCACGCAGUCCUCCUUACGAGAUGUGCAUGGGGGAUCUCGAACGCUACUCUUCUCUGUUAGUUCAGGAUGCGAUUAUUCAGGCCCAGGUUUGUUACGGGGCCUACAGAGCAAAGCUGGAGUACACUAAGGAAGCCAAGGUGUACAAAGAGUCUCUGCAAAAUAUGGACACUUUAUGCCAGGAGCGCAUACGGGCAGUCACGGUCCUCAGGGAAGAGUAUGAAAUGCUGCUGCAGAAGCAGCAAAAUGAAUUUGCUGAGAUGAUUGCCAUGCUCAAAAGAGAGAACGAAGACCUCAGAGCCAAGGUGGAGCAGCUGGACAACCAGCGGAGGCUCCUGGAAGAGGAGGAAUGUAAGCAGAGCCAAAAAAUAGCAGAACUUCAGAGCCAGUACGACGAGGAGAUGCAGAAGGUUGUUGAGCAGCUCCGCAGGGCUGAGGACACCCUGCAGGUGGAGCAAAUUGAGGGGAGCCACCAGUUGGAAGCCCUUGUGCAAGAUAAGCAGAACCUGGAGAGAUACCAUCUUGAUCAAAUGCAAAGCUUAGAAGAAAAAUUCCAGGUCAAGAUGAAAGAAAUCCAGGUCCUCCAUGAUGAGGAACUGCAGAUCUUGCAGGAACGCUACAACCAGAAUCUCAAGAGCUUGGAAGAAUCGCUGGAGAAGUAUCAGAAGAAGCCUCCUGAAACCACCUUCGGGAUCAUCACUGGUGCAGAAGAAGAGGAACAUGACAAUGGGAUCCAGGUCUUGGGAAAUGAUCCCAAUGCCCUCCACGGAUUGAGAGAGCGGAUUCAAGAACUGGAAUCUCAGAUGAACGUCAUGAGAGAUGAGCUGGAGAGCAAGCAGCUGGAAGGGAACGUGCCCACCUUGAGGGAGAAAUACCAGAAGGACUUUGAGAACCUUAAGGCAACAUGUGAACGGGGGUUUGCAGCAAUGGAAGAGACCCACCAGAAGAAGAUUGAGGACUUGCAGAGGCAGCAUCAUCGAGAACUGGAGAAGCUGAGAGAGGAGAAGGACCGUUUGCUGGCUGAGGAAACGGCCGCCACUAUCUCCGCCAUAGAAGCCAUGAAGAACGCUCACCGGGAGGAACUUGAACGGGAGUUGGAAAAAACCCAUCGCUCCCAAAUUAGCAGCAUCAAUUCAGACAUUGAAGCUCUGCAGAGACAAUACUUGGAGGAGUUGCAGUCUGUCCAGCGGGAACUGGAAGUCCUUUCAGAACAAUAUUCGCAGAAGUGCUUGGAAAACGCUCACCUCGCCCAGGCUUUGGAGGCAGAGAGGCAGGCCCUCCGACAAUGCCAGCGGGAGAACCAGGAACUCAAUGCGCACAAUCAGGAGCUGAACAACCGCCUGGCUGCAGAGAUCACCCGACUACGGACACUGCUAACUGGGGAAGGUGGCAUGGAAACGGCUGCCUCUCCUCUCACCCAAGGCAAGGAUGCCUAUGAGUUAGAGGUCCUGUUGAGAGUUAAGGAAUCAGAAAUCCAGUACUUGAAGCAAGAGAUCAGCUCCUUGAAAGAUGAACUGCAAACAGCACUGAGGGAUAAAAAAUAUGCCAGUGAUAAAUACAAAGACAUCUACACGGAGCUCAGCAUCGUCAAGGCCAAGGCAGACUGCGAUAUCAGCAGAUUGAAAGAGCAGCUGAAGGCAGCCACCGAAGCCCUGGGAGAAAAAUCUCCCGAGAGCAGCACCGUGCCCGGAUACGAUAUUAUGAAAUCGAAAAGCAAUCCUGAUUUCUUGAAGAAGGACAGGACCAGCAUUGGCCGGCAACUAAGAAAUAUCAGGUCAAAGUCGGUAAUUGAGCAGGCUUCAUGGGAUAACUGAAAUGCACCAGGUUCCAGGGUCCCUGCCAUAUAGAGUCUGAAGGAAGGUCUGACGGUGCAGGAGCGCCUGAAGCUCUUUGAAUCCAAGGAGUUGAAGAAAGACUAAUGUUCUCCUUCGUUUCCGGCUUGGUCACGUGCACCGCCUAGCUUGAUGCAUCACGACACGAGCAUCCUUCUUCCUUUUUCCCCCUCACCAUUUUGAUCCUUUUUUUUUUUUAUGACUACGCUUCGCUUGGCCGGGAGCGGGAAUUUUUCUAGAGCUGCUCUGGAUGAACGGACUGAACAAUUCCGGAUGUUUGUUUUUUUUCUGUCCACCAUCAAAGGGAUGAAAAUCACUGUUUCUCAACCUUAGCAAGUUUAAGAUGUGUGGACUUCUGCUCCCAGAAUUCCUCAGCCAGCAAUGGGGAAUUCUGGGAGUAGAAGUCCAGGCAUCUUAAAGUGGAUGAGGUUGAGAAAUACUGGAUUAAACAGAUUCCUUGACAUGUUCUGAAUGAAAAGAUCCUUACUUUGGGCAAGAAUGCUGGGGAAGAUUGAAGGUUUUUCUCCCUUAAAUAUAUAUAUUUAUCUCCUUCCUAGUGUAUAUCCACUACAUUGAGUGUCAGUAUUAAGGCUCAACGGCCUAUUAUAAGCUAGCCCUGUUUUACUGAUGUGUUGGUAUCACAACAGGGCAUUUGGAAAAGGGGAGGGAGGACACACCUGCAGCUUAGCUCCACCAGUGUUGAAGAGUAACACAGCACUUAGGCGCAUAUUUUGAGCCACUCUGAAACAAAUUCAGCUUGGCCAAGCAAGCUCCCCAACACCCCUGGAUGGUUGAGAAACACAAGGGGGAAAGAAAACAGUCUGGACUGUCCUUGAUCUAUUGUGUGGUUUGCAGAGAUUCAGUCCUUUGUGUAGCUUAGCAAUCUUCUGAAUUUUAUUUUAUUAAGCCAGCUAAGAGCCAUGGUUAAGGGCUGGCAGAUUCCACCUUAGCCAGGAUCUUGGGAAAAACAUAGCUCUUAAAACCGCUAGCAACCAUUGUCCUCUUCCAGUUGGAGUCACCUUUUCUCCUAGUCUUGGUGGGUUUUGGGCAUCCGUCCGAGAGAUUUCAGGACAUUUCUCUCGUCUGACGAGGAUGGAGAAACCAGGUUUUAUCCUAAAGUACAGAUCCUCGCUUCCUAAAGGUGACUUUAAAAAAAAAAAAGGAUUACCGGUAUAUCUGUCUUUGAGAAUCUAUUUGGGCCUGAUUGCACCAUGCAGUACCUGUGCGAGGGAUAUUCCGUUGCAAAGGGACACCUGAAAACGGGUUGGGAGCUAAGCCCAGUUAAAAGUGGCCUUCAAAAAAAGACCAGGCUAACCAUGAUCCCAAAGCAGCUUUAGUGCUUUCAUCCACUUGAAACGAAGCAGGACUUUUGAUUGUCCCUCCCAUAUUUUGGGCCCACCCAUCCCAAAAAUGCAAUUAAUAGAUUUCUUGAUGCUCUGGGAUCCAGAAUGUAUACAGCUUUCCCAAGAAAGGCCCCUGGAAUGGAUUGAAAUGUCUUUGCCAAACCCGAUGGAACAGAACACCUUGGAAGUGGGUGCUUAAAAUUUCAGGAUUAACAUCUCGCCAGCAUUAUGAACAAACCUUGUUUCAGUCUCCCCAACAUUGCAGAAGAUUAGGGUGCUCCAGCCCAAUUCUACAAAUCGGAAGUCCCUUAAAAUGGGGAGUUUUUGCUCUUACUGGGUUGAGUUUCUGCUGCAACUGUCUAACUUUGGGACAAGCCCAACUGUGUGAAAUCUUGCUAAUCUCAGUGAGGGUUGGUCCAUUUCUCUGCAUGCAGGUUUUAGAAUUUUUAGACCCCUAGCAAUGAAAUAAGUUGUUCCAAAACAGAAACACCUUACAAGAUCACCUGUCUCCUAGAGGUAGACCUGAAGCAAAAAGCUACCCUAGUAUGCACUACCUUAAAGGCAGCUGGACAGAGGAAAACGUAUGAAUUUCAGGUGCCUGGUUGUAUUUGACAUGCCACAAAAAUAGUAUUCAACAAAACGUAACUGCCCUGAAUGGCUAGGACUAAGGAGAUCUUCCUAUUUUUACUUUAGAGGUUGGGCUUUUCUUCUUCAAGACUUCUCCUAACCCUGAGCAGUUUUUCCUAUCUGACUGCAAAUUGUUGGUUGAGGGUCUAGAAGCGUGAUUCAAAGUACGUAUGGCAGCCCCAAGGAUUGGUGUGCAAAUGGCUCUUAAAAAGGCGUGUUCAGAGGCAGGUUGUUGCAUUUUCACCCAAUUCUGUAUUUCGGAGAUUUAAGAGAAAUGUGUAUUCUUGAUGAAGGUUUGGCAUUGGUUGGAUGUACCGUGCAAACACACCUGAAGUACGGCUUUUGGGAUUUUGUCCACGGCUGAUCUUGUCUCUUUUUUCCCACCCACCCACCCCCCUUGUUUCAAAGCAGGAUUCCUGUCUUUUCUUCAUGCGAUUUUGCUUUCCUUUUUUCCUGCUAAGAAACAAAAGGAGGAUCCAGGAAUCCGAGCAGGAUGUUCUUCCUAUGACAGAGGCUGCCUUCAAGCGGCCCUGUGUGGUGUUGAGGGGUGGGGUGGGGGGAAUUGUUGCUUUUUGUAAUGACAAUAUACUUGAUUAGAAUCUCACUGGACUUCUUUUUUUCUCCAUUUCAAUGGUUCAUAUGCAGUACUUCGUUGUGAACACUUCGAGCACACGCACGCUUAUCUUUCCUUUGUAAUUCCCCCCCCCAUUUUUUAAAGCUUUGUUAUUCUCUAAAAAUAAUUUAAGACCUGUAUAGUAUUCAAAGCACGCCAUGUAAAUAUUUAUUAUGCAAAAACUCGCGGAGGGUUUUAUGGGGUGACUUUCUUUUUUUUUAAUCUUGUUCUAAUACGGAUUUCCUUUGGACUUGGGAAAAGGAAAUUAGUGUAACCUGAAAUCCUGCUUUGUUCCCUUAAAGAAUGUUGGUUGGUUUGUUUGAAUGCUAUAAAUAUAUUUUUAAAUUUC